GAAUCAACGAGUGACAGUGAUGUGCUCACCACAGGCUGGCCACUGUGCUGUGACCAGAACGUGGUGACCGCUGUCCUUGUCCCUGCCUCUAGCCACAUGCCGAAGCCAGCCGUUGCCCAGGGCAUCAGCAGGCCUGGAGGUGCCCGUGCCUCCCCUUACUGAGGAGGUCCAGUGCCAGGCAGAGUUGGCAGACGUUCACCUGCUGGGAACCCCUGGUGGUUGCUCCCAUCAUCCCUAAGGAAGGUUUUGGAAGAGACUGUGGCUGUCCUCUGGGAAAUUCAUGGGCUGCCACAGGAGCUCCAGGGAGUGGCCAGGUGCCACGCAGACACCAUGCUGCAGUGUAAACCAGCCCAGGAGUUCAGCUUCGGCCCCCGAGUACUGAAGGAUGCUCUAAUCUCCCGCAAAGCCGCCUUGCAGCAGCUCUAUGCCUCGGCGUUCUCCCCGGCUGAGAAGCUCUUCCUGGCCGAGGCGUACAACCCGCAGAGGUCCCUCUUCAGCUCACUGUCCAUCUACUCAGCCUUCGACUGGCUCCUGAGCUGCCCCGAGGCCCCCGAGGACUUUGAGACCUUCCAUGCCUCCCUGCAACUCCGGAAGCACAGCCUGGCCUCCAGGAAGCACAUUUACCUGCAGCCCAUAGAUUUGAGCGAGGGGCUGGCAGGAUGCCCCCUGCUGGACCACCUGCGGAGCUGUGCCGAGGCCUUCUUCCUGGGCCUGCGGGUCAAGUGCCUACCCUCAGUGACCGCCACGUCCAUCCACUGUUCCUCGCGGCCCAGACGGGACUCUGACAGGCUCCAGCUCCACACAGAUGGAAUCCUGGCCUUCUUGAAGAACAACAAGCCAGGAGACGCGCUGUGUGUGCUGGGCCUUACGCUGUGGGACCUGUACCCCCAGGAGGCUUGGCAUUUCACCUUCAGCAAGUUCCUCCCAGGGCAUGAAGUGGGUGUAUGCAGUUUUGCCCGAUUUUCUGGGGAGUUCCUGCAAGAGGGGCCCAGUGCCCCUGACCCGACCGUGGUAGAGGUGGCAGCAGAUGUCCCUGAGACCCAGCCGCAGGACCAAGGCCGGACCCUGUGUUUCAGCGCCCUGGGCAUGGUGCAGUGCUGUAAGGUCACCUGCCACCAGCUCUGUCACCUCCUGGGCUUGGGAAGCUGCCGCUGGCUGCGCUGCCUCUUACAGGGAGCACUCAGCCUGGACGAGGCACUGAGGCGGCCCCUGGACCUCUGCCCCAUCUGUCUGCGGAAGCUGCAGCACGUCCUCGGCUUCAGGCUCGUGGAGAGGUACAAGAGACUCCACGCCUGGACCCAGGCAUCAGCAGGGAUGUGGUCUGGCCAUGAGGCUGGGGAGCCUUCCUUAUCCGAAGACACCCUCCCCUGCAGCACUGAUUCUGGCAUGGGCUACGAAAGUGACUCAGAGCCGGUCACCAGCCUGUCUGAGCCCCUCAGCCCGGAUGCAUGGAGCCAUCCCUUCCCUGAUGGGCCUGACCCAGGGCCGGAGGAUGGCCUGAGUUCCCUGGUGGCCUUGGACGUGCAGCUGAAGCUCGGGGCAUCCACGGAGGCCAUUGAAGAGUACGGACGGUGGCUGGCUGCAUGCGUCCGGGCCCUGGAGCGGGAGGUGCCUGAGGAGGAGCUGGCCCAAGUAGACAGGGCUGUUGAUGCCCAGGACCGGUGGGAGAUGUUCACAGGGCAGCUGCCGUCCCGCAGGAAGGACUUGCCCUGUGUCAGGGACAGUGCGGGGCUUUGCAGGGUCCUGGGGGACAAGUUCUCCAACCUGAGGCGGCGGCUGACCACACGCAGACUCCCUAAGGCUGAGUCUUCCCCCUGUCGUUGGGAGGGAGAGAAUUAGCUUAGCAAGAUGGAUGACCCAAUGCACAGAAGUCAGCUCCUGUCGUCCCUCCUGAGGACAGCCACUGACCAUAGUUAUCCAGUGUCCAAGGGUACCCUCCUGACUUAGUCCAGAAGCCAAAGGGCUCUUUGGGUAGCUGGCUACACAAUCCCCAUGGCACAUGGCCUACAAGCUGUGGCUGAGAGGCAAGAGGUAGCAGUGGGCUGGCUUUCUCCCUGUGGGAAGCCACUCUGAUUCCUCCAGUUAUUUACAGUGAGGGCCCCGGGUGACCAUGGGGCACUGGCUUUGUGGCUACCAACCUGGCUUCGAAGUCCAAGACAGAGUCCCCCUUAAAUCAGGGGUUUUGUUUCUAGCUGGCAUAGGCCACACAUAGGGUUAUUUUCUGUGGUGUGAAUGGCCUGUACAGGCCUGUCUGAGCGUGGAGAAUGGGCCUGGCAGGGCCAGCCCUUUCUGCAAAGGCUGCAGGGAGCGGGUGUGGAGGGCACGGCUCCUGCUCAUUGCCAGGGCGACCACCUGUACUGUGAGAGCAAACCUUGGUAGCACUCUCCGGGCCAUUUUCUGACAAAGGUGGCUGUGGUAUCCAUCCAUACCAGUUAGGCCAGGGUGGUGAUGGGGGUUCAGUGUACUGUCUUG